UCUUCUUCUUCCCUCCGAUUUUUCUGACAUUACACUUCUGCAAAAAUUCCUUUUAAUUCCUUUUUCUGCAUUUAAUUCAAAUCAUUUUCCUCAUUUAAUUAUUAUUUAUUACAGAAUUGACCUCAAAUUCCCCGUUUUACCCUCACCGUAGCCAUUCAGGUUUCUGUUUCAUUCAUUCUUUCGUAAAAAGUUUUUUUUUCCUUUUCUUCCAUUUUUUGUUAUAUAUUCUCAUUCUCGUUCUGUCUCUCUGCAACCGACCGACAUUUCCUUUGUUUCUCGUACCACAUGCCCCAUUUUUAAGGAAUUCUGGAUCCUGUUAAAGAAUUGAAGAUGCCGGGAAUUGUUACAAAUGGUGUUCAUGAUGAAGGGGGGACUAAUGAGAUGAAUGAGAAUCGUUCCCCAGCUAAGGAAGCUGUAAAUCUGAUUAAGUCUCCAAGGGGUUCAAUGAGUCCGCAGACGCGUCGCAAUUUCCCGGUUGAUGAUGGGGCGGUUGAGCCGUCGAUCGAGCAGCUUUAUGAAAAUGUGUGUGACAUGCAGAGUUCUGAUCGGUCUCCGUCGAGGCAAAGUUAUGGAUCUGAUGGGGAUGAGUCUAGGAUUGAUUCGGAGCUGCAUCAUUUGGUUGGAGGACGGAUGAGGGAAUUGGAGAUAAUGGAAGAGGAGGUGGAGGUGGAAAGAAGGCCUGGUGAGAGUUCUAGUUGUGAAACAUCUUCUGGAGUUGGUAGUUUAUCGAAUGAUAAGAAGUUGGAUAAGGUGUCUGAGAUUCGGACUGGGACUAAAAGUCUGGUUUCCUCGGAAAAAUCUGUCAAAGCAUUGAAUUCUUCAUCGCCGGGGUCUGACAUUUCACCGAAAUCUAAACCCAAAGGAAAAAGUCCUUCUGUUAAACCUCCGCUGGAGAGAAAGAAUGAUAAGCCUUUGAAAAAACCAACUAGAGGAGUUAAUGGCGUGAAGAGUUCGAAGAAUUCUCCUUUGGGAAAGUCAGUGCUACAGAGCCGUGUUGAGAAUUCGGCUGAAUCAGAAUUAGAUAGACCAGACCGGGCACCCGUAUUACUAAAGCAAGCAAGAGAUCUUAUUUCGUCAGGAGAUAAUCCAUACAAAGCUCUUGAACUAGCUCUUCAAGCAAUGAAACUUUUUGAGAAAUUCAGUAAGGGGAAACCUAAUUUGGAAUUGGUCAUGUGUUUACAUGUUACAGCCGCAAUAUAUUGCAGCUUGGGUCAGUACAGUGAGGCAAUUCCGAUUCUUGAGCGAUCAAUUGAAAUUCCUGUUAGUGUGGAGAGUCAACAGCACGCUCUUGCUAAAUUUGCCGGUCACAUGCAACUGGGAGACACCUAUGCUAUGUUGGGCCAGCUUGAGAAUUCAAUUAUGUGCUACACUGCUGGGUUUAAAGUCCAGAGGGAGAUUUUGGGAGAGACAGACCCAAGAGUUGGCGAAACUUGCCGGUAUCUGGCUGAAGCUAAUGUUCAAGCUUUGCAAUUUAAUGAAGCAGAGAAACUCUGUCAAAUGGCUCUUGACAUUCAUCGAGCAAAUAGUUCAGCACCAUCUAUUGAAGAAGCAGCUGAUAGGAGGCUUAUGGGUCUCAUAUGUGAAACGAAGGGGAAUCAUGAAGCAGCUCUUGAACACCUUGUUUUAGCCAGCAUGGCAAUGGUAGCAAAUGGCCAGGAAGUGGAAGUGGCUUCUGUUGACUGCAGCAUCGGAGACGCAUACUUAGCUUUGUCUCGAUUUGAUGAAGCUGUUUUUGCGUAUGAAAAAGCGUUAGCUGUUUUAAAGACCAACAAAGGAGAGAAUCAUCCAGCAGUAGGAUCAGUCUUUGUACGCUUGGCCGACUUGUAUAACAGGACAGGUAAUAUAAGGGAAUCAAAAUCGUAUUGUGAGAAUGCACUUAAAAUAUACGAGAAUCCAAUGCCUGGAGUUACUCCAGAAGAGAUUGCUAGCGGUCUUACAAAUCUGUCAAGUAUCUACGAGUCAAUGAAUGAGGUUGAACAGGCACUCAAGUUACUGCAUAAAGCAUUGGAGAUAUAUAAUGAUGCUCCUGGGCAACAAGGUGCAAUAGCAGGAAUCGAAGCUCAGAUUGGGGUCAUGAACUACAUGUUGGGAAACUAUACUGAAUCUUACAACAAUUUGAAAAAUGCUAUUUCAAAGCUUCGUGCUAUUGGGGAGAAGAAAUCUUCCUUUUUUGGUAUAGCUCUUAAUCAACUGGGGCUCGCCUGUGUACAGCGUUAUGCCUUACCUGAGGCAAUAGAAUUAUUUGAGGAAGCAAAGAGUAUUUUGGAACAAGAGUUGGGGCCUUAUCACCCUGAAACACUCGGAGUAUGUAGUAAUCUUGCAGGCACAUAUGAUGCAAUUGGAAGGCUCGAUGAUGCAAUUAAAAUUCUGGAGUAUGUUGUUGGUAUGAGGGAAGAAAAGCUUGGGACAGCAAAUCCCGACGUGGAUGAUGAGAAGAGAAGGUUGAGUGAGCUGUUGAAGGAAGCCGGUAGAGUUCGGAAUAGAAAAGUCAGGUCACUAGAGAACCUUUUUGACGGCAAUGCUCGCACUUUAAACAACCUUGUCAUCAACGCCUGAUAAGGUUUUCCUUUAUAGAAACUCGAUUAUUUGAUGCUUUACACGAACACAGUCUGAAAAUUCGAAGGGAUAAGCAUUUCCUGACAGUGUUAAUAAUAUGGUAUGAUUGAAGAGUGUUACAAUUAACGGAGUAAAAUGGAAUUCUUGAAAGAGUGUAAUAAUUUAUGCUUAAAUUUUAUCAGAGCUAUAAUAUUUGUAUUUUGUAUUUGUAUUUGUAUUAUAGUAGUAUGUUGUAAGUCAUUGUGAUAUACAGAUUAGCUUCUUAUUUGUGUAUACAACAUUUUUCCCCUUUUGUUUUAUUUCAUAUAUCAAGAAAAAAAAUU